AUGAUGCCGAACUCGGGUAGAGGAAUUCAGAAUAAAGGGAAAAAAAGUUUGAUUAAUUACAGAGGGGCUCUUAAAAAUAAUUUCUUUGGAAAUAGCUCACAGCCAGAAAAUAACAUAAGCCAUCAAAAUAUCGUUAACCAUAGUAACAUGAACUUGAAUUCUACUGAUAUCCAUAGCCCAGUCAGUAUUGAGCGCUCCUUUCACAAGCAGGUGACUAAUGACUAAAAUAUCCCUCAUAGUUCAUAGGCAAAGAUGGACAAAGGGAAGGUUAAAGGGAACAGAAGAUUGCAGUUAUUAAGUUUUGACAACAGCUAGAACAGGAAUGAAAGUUUAAACAAUAAUAAGAAUAAUAACAAUAAUAUCCUCAAUAAUCAAGGCAAAAUUACAUAAGUCCAAUAGUUCUCAGGUCUCUUCUCUAAUAUGAUGUCUCCAAAUGGAUCUUCUAAUGGAUAAAUUUCAAACAGACAUUCAUAUAGAGGAAUGGAGAGGUUAACAAAUCAACAAUAGUCGGUAAAAUCUAGCUAUUCUAAGUAGAGAUAGAACAAUCAAUAAUAAUUCAUGAAGAAUCAGUUAAUUGAACCAAGCGAGCUAUAAAAUAAGUAUAUGCAUCAAAAUCAGAGAAUUCUCAAAAUUUCUAAUUUACCUUCAGGAUACAAUUAAAUCAAAUCAAAGGCAAUUUACAGCCCAGUAGCUGGGGUAAACCCAAAUAUUAAUGAAUAAAUGAAAAACUAAAUGUCUUCAGCUAGAAAUCACAAAAGAUAAGUCUCUCACAAUCCUGGUGCUGCCGAAUUGCAUCAAAUAUAUUCUGCAAGAAAUAAUGCUACUACAAACAGUAAUAUAUAGAAUAUGCAAGUUCCAUAAGGAGGGUAGAGCUCAACUAAAGACCUAAAAUAAACAUAUUCCUUUCAAAACUUUGAAAAGGAACAAAACAGUACAUAAAAUACGAAUCAACCACAAAACUCAAGUGAUGCAAAUACAUACAGUAAUAGUAGUUUAUUGAAAGCAUAAACAAUAUAUUCCUCUUAAAGUAGUAACCGAAGAAGAAAUCUGCCUCUCUAACAAAACAAUUAACAGAUUAACCAAAGUUUAUCCAGCAGUAAUCAGACUCAACAAAGUGUAUCAAGUGAUGGGAAAAAAUAUGAAAGCGUUCGAGGGAGCUAGGUGGCUAAAAAGAACAGCUUGAUAAUCCCAGAGGCAUCUGAAAGAGAUGAACUUACUGUUUAAGAUAUGGUGGAGACUAAAGAUGGUUUAACUUAUCCAAUGACUCCCGAUCAAGCUCUAAAGAUGCAUGAAUCAUACCUGACUGACUAUGAAAAGACUGAGGUCAAAGAAUUUGAAAAUAUUUAUUACCUUUCACCAAAAGAAAUGAAAUAUAACGCAUCGAAAGCCGAAAGAUUGAUUAACAAUGGGUUUGAUGAUAAUGACGGUUAUUAUAGACUACAAAAAGGAGAUCAUCUUGGUUAUAGAUAUCAAAUUCUAGAACAAAUCGGAAAGGGAGCAUUCGGUUAAGUUAUCAAAUGUGUUGAUCAUAAAUCAAAAUAAUUUAUAGCUAUGAAACUAGUUAAGAAUCAGAAAAAGUACUAUUAUCAGGCUGCUGUUGAAGCAAAACUUUUAUUACUUUUAAAAGAAAAUGACCCAGAAAAUAAAGAGUCUGUAAUCAAAAUCAAAGAUUACUUUGUAUUCAGAAAUCAUCUUUGUAUGACAUUUGACCUAUAUGCUCUAAACCUUUACGAAUUCAUUAAGUUGAAUGAUUACUAAGGUUUUCAAGAAAGUCUAAUAAGAAGAUUUGCCAUUUAGUUAAUGAAUGGUCUAAAAUAUUUAAAGUCACUCGGAAUUAUUCAUUGUGAUCUUAAACCAGAAAAUGUAUUACUUAAGCAUAAAGACAAAAGCGGUAUAGUCAUUGCAGAUUUCGGUAGUGGUACGCUAGAUGAUGAAAUAGUAUAUACCUAUAUUCAAAGCAGAUUCUAUCGUGCACCAGAAAUCAUGCUUGGAUUAUUUCCUUAUACACAUGGCAUAGAUAUGUGGAGUAUGGGCUGUAUUAUGAUUGAACUCUUUACUGGAUUCCCUUUAUUUCCUGGAACGAAUGAGAGGGAGUAAAUGCAAUUACUAAUUGAUGUAAUAGGGAUGGUACCAAAUAAUGUGCUGUAAAUUGCCUAAAGAAAACAUCUAUUCAGUCAAUUUAAGGAUAAUGCAGUCCCAGCUCCAUCUGUUACAGUUUUAACAUAGCAAUAAAAGGAAGAAAGGCUUAAGUAUAUUAUGAUCAAAUUAAGGGAGAGUUCACCUGAUGAUAGUUUUGUUAAUUUUAUUGGUUCUUGUUUGGAAUGGGAUCCAUCUAAGAGACUUACUCCAGAGCAAGGAUUAAGACAUGAAUGGAUUCUGAAGGGUCUACCUGCAAAUGUUUUGCUUUAGCAUCAGAGAGUCUAAUCGAUACCGAAUAGUGAACUCCCAACUAGUGCCCGAAAUUAACUAAAGCAAGAGCAAGUUAAAAAAUCAAUAGGCUAAUAAAAAAUUGGAUAGCAACAGCCUUAAAAUAUAUACUCCCCGCAGAGACAGAAUGGAACAAAUAACACUUAGAAUUAAGAAGAAAUAAUAUAGAUAUAGAACUACAAUACCUAAGCUUAAUAGAAAGGAAUUAAUCAUAAAUAACUUUUAAAGAGACUUAUCUAAAAAUGA